AUGAUGAAAGAACAGCUAAAUCAUUUCGAGCAAAAUCACAGUAAUCAUAACUCUCACCAAAAGGAUGGAAAUGCAAUCUACUAAGGCACUCAACUUAAAAAAGCUGAUAUUCUAUUUAAUCCAGGAAAAAAUGGAUCUGGAGGAGGUGUUAACAUGACUAAUAUACAUAACUAACAAUAUCAACAUAUUCAAGGUAGCCAUCAAAACGGUUCAUUAUUAGGCAAAUUUGCGAAUAGUUCAAACCAAAGAGAAGUAAAUUUUAACGAUAUUGACACCAGUCCAAUAAAAAGAAAAAGCCUAAAUGCUGGACCAUCAACCCUUUAAGGGUCAAAUGGAUUAUAAAACCAAAACAAUCAGUCCGUUCUAAAGAUGAAUAAUCUGAUGAGUGAAGAUAAAUUCGGCAAGUAAUAGUAGUACAUGUAGAGAAGAGGAUUGCAUUAAAUACAAAAAAUGAAUGAUAACGCCCAAUAAAUGCAAUAAAAAUAUUCUUCUACACCUGAACCCACUUCUAAUACUAAUACGAUUAAUAAUCAUACAAGAAAACUAUCUGAAACUCCAAACUAGCUUAUUAUUAAUAAUAAAACUAAGGCAUUACAGCUUCAAGCUGUUCAUAGCCGAUAGUUGAGUCAGCCCCUUAAAAAAGGACACUCUAAAAAUCAUAAUAUGAACUAGAAUGAUAGCUUUAAUAAAGGAGUAUUGAAUGAUUCUCAUAAUUUAUCAGAUAUCAAAGAUGCAUCUAGCUUAUACAGAAUGACCCCAGAACCUAAACCCCUAAAGGGGCAUUAAAUAAAUGGCAACAAUAUAUCAAUUUUUGGUCCAUCUCUGUAAUAUGGGAGUCAACAACAAAGAGUAAAAUCUUAACUAUAAAAGAAUCAUGGACUUCUUGAUGCUAAAGUUAACUUAACUGGCUAAAAUUACUAUUAAGCACUUAAUAAUACUUAAUCGAAUUCACAAUAAAAUAACUUGGUACUUCCGUAAACAGCUAGUGGUAUUAGAAGAUUAGAGUCCCCAGAUAUUGCAAGAGGUACCUCUAAUAAUCACCAUAAUAAUGAUGUUCCUGAGUCGGCAUAUUAAAAUUACCUCAACAAUAUGAAUGGAUAGCCAAAUAGACCUGCAUCUGCUUAAAGUUCAUACAAAAAAUAAUAACCAUAGAGCAAUAGUAACAUAUAAAAUAUGAGCCCACCUCCUUUAGUAAAUCCAUAGGGAUUGCAAGGCAUUCAAAAAAUGAACAACAUGGCUUAUGAAUAGCAAUAAAAUUAAGCAAAAUAUCAACAGGACAUUUUUAAGCCAGUAAAUGUCAAAAACUAAAUUAAGUUAAGUACAAGUUUGAACAAUAAGUAAAAAUAGCCAUCUUAAACUGAAAGGAUUCAGUUGCUCAGUAGUCACCCUUAAACUAUUUAACUUCAAAAUAAACCUUUGCUAGAACAAUCAACAAGCGCUUAGAAUAAUAAUAAUAAUAACAGUAAUAUAGCAGCGAAACCUAAAAUAAGUAACAUUAUAACAAAAUUUUCAUUUGCUACAAAAACUGGAAUGUAACCUUAAAAUCCAAAUAAACAAAAUUAAGAUGCUUACAUUACAAGUCCUCAUUUCUUGGGACUUAGACACUGUCAUUUCUUUUCAGUAUGUGACGGACAUGGCUUAUAUGGUAGAGAAGUUAGUGGAUUACUAAAGCAUAGGCUUCCAUUCAUACUUGAGAAUCAUAUGAAAGAAGCCCUUAAAGAUCACGAUUUCCAAAAUUACCCUGACAGAUAAUAGGUCUUCCAUACAAUGAAAGAAGCUUUUGCUGAAACAAAUAAAGAAGUCUGCUCUAUACUCUCUGAUGUUAGAUUUAGUAUAUUAACUUAUGGAAAAAGAAUAUAUGUGGCAAAUGUUGGCGAUUCAAGAGCAAUUAUUGCUAGAGCUUACAAUGAAUAAUUAUCUUGUGACGCCUUAUCAAGAGAUCAUAAACCAGACGAUAAACUUGAGGCAGAAGUAAUCAUAAAUAGUGGUGGUAGAAUAGACUCCUAUAGAGAUUCACAUGGGAACGCACUUGGUCCAUUAAGAGUGUGGCUUAAAAAUGAGGAUAUUCCUGGUUUAGCUAUGACUAGGUCUUUUGGUGAUAUGAUGGCUGCAAGAGUUGGUGUCACUGCUAUCCCUGAAUUCACAGAACUAGAAUUGAAUACUAAUGACAAAUUUAUAGUUUUGGCUAGUGAUGGAAUUUGGGAGUUUCUGAAAAAUAUCGAAGUAGCACGAAUUAUAUAUCCAUUUUAUCAAAAGAAAAAUGCAGAAGGUGCUGCUGAAUGUCUUGUGAGAGAAGCGUUCAAGAAAUGGAAAAAAGAAGAGGAUAGUAUCGAUGAUAUAACAUGCAUAGUUAUUUUCUUAGACAUAAAGUGA